AUGAUCAGGUCAUCAUCGAAGCGUUCACAAUGUGAUCGUGUUACUAUUUAUCUUUGCAUUUUCAUAUCAGAAUACGCAAACAAUUUAUAUGAAAAUGCACUUGAAAAUCUUGAAAAAUCACAAGUAGUUAUUGACAAGAUAUAUCAAUCAAAAGAUGAAAUCAAUUCUUGCCUUCGACCAAGUUAUACUGAUGAUACAGAACUUUGA